AUGAUGGAAGACGAAGGAUUUUCAAAGCUUGGCCUGGUUUCUCGCUUUGUCAUCUGUCUACUUGGUUUGCAACCCGUGUUUGCCGAGGUGAGCUUUUCCAUCCCAGAAGAGAUGAAACCAGGGACUGUCAUUGGAAAUGUAGCUAAAGAUCUUGGUCUGGAUAUAACUACACUGUCAACUCGCAAGGCCCGCAUUGAUUCCGAAGGCAAUAACGAACGAUAUUGUGUUAUCAGUUUGAAAACCGGGGAAUUAAGUGUUGCUGAGCGGCUUGACCGAGAGAGUCUUUGUGGCAUUAAACCAUCUUGCAUUUUAGUCCUGGAACUCGUACUGGAGAAUCCGUUAGAAUUGCAUCGUAUAAAUCUACACGUCCAAGAUAUAAAUGACAACUCCCCGCAAUUCAGAAGAGAUUUAAUUACGAUGGAAAUAAGCGAGUCCGCUGAAAAGGGCACUGGUUACUUAAUGGAGGAAGCACAUGACGCGGAUAUUGGUCAAAAUGCUGUGCAGAGGUACAGCCUACAGGCAAAUGCUAAUUUCAUUCUAAUGGUCGAUGUGAACAAAGUUCAACUUGUUCUACAUAAUAAACUUGAUAGAGAGACACAACAAGAGAUGGAUUUGCUUUUAACAGCUCUUGAUGAUGGCUCUCCUCAGAGAUCAGGUACUGUAAUGAUACACGUCACUGUACUGGAUGCUAAUGAUAACGCCCCAGUGUUCAGUCAGGCCGUUUAUAAAGCCAGUCUGCGUGAAAACUCUCCUCUUGACACUAUAGUGGUUACAGUAAGUGCUACCGAUGCAGAUGAUGGAGUGAAUGGAGACGUGACAUAUGACCUUGGUUACGUUUCAGUGACAGAUGAAAAACUGUUUUCAAUAUACCUUAAUACUGGAGAAAUAAGAGUAAUUGGCUCCACGGACUAUGAGAAGAAAAAAUCAUUUGAAUUGCGAGUCAUGGCAAAAGACGGACUCGGAUUAAGUUCAUAUGCCAAGGUUUUCAUAGACCUAUCUGAUGAAAAUGAUAAUGCUCCGGUAAUAUAUGUGAAAUCACUUACUAGCCCGAUAUCUGAGAACGUGCCACCUGGUACAGAGGUGGGCAUCAUCAACGUGCAAGAUAGAGACUCUGAGACUAACCGACAGGUCCGCUGCUCCAUUCAGCAACACGUCCCCUUUAAAUUGGUUCCUUCAAUUAAAAACUAUUAUUCUUUGGUGACCACAGGACAACUGGACCGUGAACUAGAGUCUGAUUACAACAUUACAAUCACUGCCACUGACGAGGGCUCUCCACCUCUGUCCUCCUCUAAAACUGUCCAGUUGUCUGUAGCAGACAUCAACGACAACCCACCUGUGUUUGAGGAACAGUCCUACAGCGCUUAUGUGACUGAAAAUAACAAACCUGGCUCCACUUUAUGUUCCGUUACUGCUCGAGACCCCGACUGGAGACAAAACGGUACCGUGGUUUAUUCUCUGUUACCUGGUGAGGUGAACGGUGCCCCGGUGUCCUCCUAUCUAUCUGUUAACGGAGACACGGGGGUGAUCCACGCUGUGAGGUCGUUUGAUUAUGAACAGUUCAGGAGUUUUAAAGUGCACGUCAUGGCCAGAGACAACGGUUCUCCUCCACUCAGCAGCAACGUGACCGUCAGUGUGUUCGUAUCGGAUGUGAAUGACAACUCUCCUCAGAUACUGUACCCCGCCCCGGAGGGCAACUCCUUCAUGACCGAGCUGGUCCCCAAAGCUGCACACGGAGGCUCUCUGGUGUCCAAAGUGAUCGCGCUGGACGCGGACUCCGGACAGAACGCCUGGCUGUCCUAUCAUAUAGUCAAAUCCACUGAUCCGGGUCUUUUCACCAUUGGUCUCCACAGCGGAGAGAUCAGGACCCAGCGGGACAUUUCUGAGUCUGACAGCAUGAAACAGAACCUCAUUGUGUCAGUGAAGGAUAACGGACAGCCCUCUCUCUCUGCCACCUGCUCCAUGUAUUUACUUAUUUCUGAUAACGUGGCUGAGGUGCCAGAACUGAAGGAUAUUUCUUAUGACGAGAAGAACUCCAAACUGACCUCUUAUCUGAUCAUCGCGCUGGUGUCUGUGUCCACUUUUUUUCUGACCUUCAUCAUCAUCAUCCUGGGUGUGAGUUUUUGUCGCAGGAGAAAGCCCAGACUGUUGUUUGAUGGAGCAGUUGCCAUCCCCAGCGCGUAUCUCCCUCCCAAUUACGCAGACGUUGAUGGCACAGGAACUUUACGCAGCACCUACAAUUAUGACGCGUACCUGACAACAGGUUCUAGAACCAGUGACUUUAAGUUCGUGAGUUCUUACAAUGACAACACACUGCCUGCUGACCAGACUCUGAGGAAAAGUCCAUCAGACUUUGCUGAUGUUUUUGUAGAUUGUGAUGAUUCUCCUGAGUUUAAGGGUAGUUUGUCAUUUUACUGA